GAAAGGCGCAGUCGUUUGGCUUCUCGGAAGUAGAAGUUUGAGGACUUUCUGGAUUGUUUGUAGCGUAAAGUUCCUAGUGGACCUCUUUGGACCUGUGACGUCACCACGAGGCUCCCGUGGAGUGGUUCAUCCUUGAAACUUUUGAAGACGCGGUCCACCCGAGCCGAACCGAGUCAGCGGAGUCACGUAAGAUGGAGGUCCACGCCAGCAGCUAGCACAAUCAGCAGAAGUGAAUGAGGUCAGAGGUCAUCAGGAUGGCCUCUGCGGAACCGUCGGUCAAUUUUAACCUCCUCCAUCGGACGUGCAAGCUUGUGGUGCUGCUCUGCUUCCUGCACAUCUCCGUCACCGUCUUCUUCUACGUCCGCUCUCUGGAUAUCCGCGUAGCCUUUGUCCAGAACCAGCAGACCCGCAACGGCACUGCCGAGGCGAAUCCGCCUCUGGACGCCAAAGAAGCCGAACAAGCCGAGGACGAGCAGGCGGGGAAAAGCCUGAAGAGAUGUCCAGAAACGUCACCCCUGCUCGUGGGUCCUCUGCGGGUGGAGUUCAACAUUCCGGUGAGCCCGGACACGAUAAGGAAGGAGAACACCGGCGUCCGGCCGGGCGGCCGCUACAAGCCCGACGACUGCGUGGCGCUGCAGAAGGUCGCCAUCGUCAUCCCGUUCCGCAAGAGAGACGAGCACCUCAAGUUCUGGCUCUACUACCUGCACCCCAUCCUGCGGCGCCAGCAGCUAGACUACGGCGUCUACGUCAUCAACCAGGAUGGAGACGAGAUCUUCAAUCGGGCCAAACUGUUGAACGUGGGCUACGUGGAGGCAAUGAAGGAGUACGACUACGACUGUUUUGUCUUCAGUGACGUGGACUUAAUCCCCAUGGAUGACCGCAACAUCUACAAGUGCUUCAGCCAGCCCAGACACUUGUCCGUGUCCAUGGACAAGUUUGGCUUCAGGUUGCCGUACAAUCAAUACUUUGGUGGCGUGUCAUCAAUGAUGAAAGAACAGUACCUGAGCAUCAACGGCUUCCCCAACAACUACUGGGGAUGGGGGGGUGAGGACGACGAUAUCUACAACAGGCUGGCGUCCAAAGGAAUGUCCAUCUCCAGGCCGAGCGGCGAGGUGGGAAAAUGUCGGAUGAUCCGGCACGAGAGAGACAAACGGAACGAACCAAACCCUCAGCGGUUCGACCGCAUCGCUCACACCAGACAGACGAUGUACAAGGACGGCAUCAAUUAUCUGUCCUACAAGCUGGUUUCCAAGGAAACGCUGGCGCUUUACACCAAGAUCACCGUCGACAUCGGAAAACCGUGAGAAGCGUCGGGCGGGCCCGAGCGAACCUUGGUCGGCCAGCGCCAUUGUUGUCUUUGCACAAGUCGGCUUUUCUCAGUUACUGCCUCCGCAAUCAAUCAUCAAUAAUCAAGACAGCUGUGACUGCAUGUUUUUAUAUUGGAGGUGGGGGGGGGGAAAGAUCAAAUGCUGUGGGAAGAAAUCGAAUUGAAGCAUUUUCUUCUUCUUGUUUCCAUGACAACUGAUUGUGAAUUUCUCAGCCUGGAUUGAUUGAUCAGUUUUAAUCACGUUGGUGUGUGUGUGUGUGUGUGUGCGUGCGUGCGCGCGCGCGUGUUGAAAGACUUCCACUUGUCUUUAUGACAAGCAACGUCAUUGAUUAUUGAUUAGCUUUAUUUUCUUGUUAGAGCUGUGCGAUAUGGACAAAAUUGUAUAUCCCAAUAACGAUAUAUAUCAUGAUAUAUUUUUCCUUUAAAUUACAUUAAAUUAAUGGCAAUUUUCAGUGAUCUUUUCUCAAUUUAUUUACAAAAUACAUAUUUAAUUUAGACCACACAAUUAAAUGAAGAAAAGAUUGAUACAAAUGUUAUCAAACACAAGUGUCCAAAUGAAUGCAAUUGAAAAUAUCUCGUAGUACAACCACUUUUGCAGGAAUGAAUAAAUACAACACAAGGCUUCAAGUAACAUUCAAGUAUGCCUAGCAUUUAGCCAGUCAAAGUAGGACUAAGUGCAGGAAAAGAAAUGCCAGGAUUCCUUGCGGAAUCUAACGAGAAGAACCAAUCGAUAAUGCACGAGAGACUUUUAAUAUGGUAUCGACGAUGUAUAUCGUUAUAUCACACAGCUCUCGAGUGUGUGCUGGGUGGCUUCCAAGUGUCGCUUGGUCGCGUGCGUGCAUCUGUGUGUGUGUGUGUGUGUGUGUUGCAAGUGUCCUAAUAACAAGCAGCGUCAUUGAUUAUUGCUCAGCUUUAAAUCACUGCGGUGGCUUCCAAGUGUCCUUAUGGCAAGGAGCAUCAUUGCUCAUUGAUCAGCUUUAAUUGCGUGCUUUCAACGUUCACUCCCAAAAGGUUCAUGCUGAACUUUGACCUUCAUGUCAUUAGCGUCAAGUUGUUGAAUCUCGCAGGGGAAGUGACAGAUGUAGCUUGUUUUCACAUGUUUUCAAAGUGAAAUCCUAAAAUGGGGGAUCAAUGUGACACAUUUUACACAACGAAAGAUAAAAUCACUUGAAAGAG